UUCCCUGUUUUCAGGGCAGGGCGCAUCGAUCGAGGGCGCUGCCCCGCAGGCCGCCUCGACGCCGCCGCCGCGCAAGCAGGCGAGCCCAUCGAAACCUCGAGGCCACCCGUCGACCGUCGGGGCAGCCGCGCGCUCGACGCACGAGCAAAACACAGAGCCAUGGCCCUGCCGACCUAUGGCGCCGUGCCCAAGCAAGAGAUCCCGCAACAAAUAAACUGGCGCCGGCGAUUACGAAGGGCCGCCGUCUGCGCCGGCGCGGGCCUCAUGGUGUCGCGGGCCCUCGUGAACCAAGGGGGAACGGUCGUCAAUGAAUCAAAUGCCGCGGCGGCGCUCCACAUCCGCGAGGACGAGUUGGACGACCGCAUGACCGAGGACUGCAACAUGAGUGAUGGGCGGUCGACCUUCAUCGAGUGGGUCCAGUACCUCAUGGGGUACGCGGCCGAGGUGACGCCGGCCGCGGGCGCCGUGCUGUUGGAUCGGGGCCAGUUCCCGGAGGAGUUGUAUCGGACACAAGAUCCUUUGUCAAAACGGAUCCAGAACAUGCUGGACGGGUAUGAUGAUGCGCUGAACGACUGUAUGAGGGAUCCCGAUUUGUGCCUCGCGGAGCAGUUCUUCUACGACCCUUCGGUAUCCUGCACGGCGAUGCAGAACGCCGAGACCAUGCCCUGGCCCGACAUCGCGUGCGCCGAGUCGUGCGUGGAGACCAUGGUCAAGGACCAGCGGCCGGACCUGGCGACGUGCUCGGAUCCGGUCACCGCCGCGAUGAUCGAAGCUCCUACCCUCUUCAAGUCCUUCUUCGAGGAGGGGUCUGACGGCCGCGCCUGCGUCGACAAAUGUAUUGAGCAGAACGCGGAAAACCCGUUCACGAUCACGUGCAGCGCCACGGAGACGUUCACGGUGCACCACAAUAAUGCAUAG